UCGUUCUCUGACCUUUCGAAUCAACGGAAUCACCAUGAAAGUUGCAGCUGCUCUAAGCCUUUUACCAACUCUGCUGUAUCCCCUGCCAGCAACCGCCCAAAACAUGUCCUAUGGUGCCAACAACUUCUACCGGAGUGACAGCGUGACCCUCCGGCCCAUUAGCUUCAAGAACCAAUAUCAGAUGACUGUGGCUGCGAAUCUCUUCGUCCCCCACAACCUCACUGAGAACGGGGGCGCUGCACCAGCCAUUAUCGUCGGCCAUCCGAUGGGGGCCGUGAAGGAGCAGAGUGCCAAUCUGUAUGCCACCAAGCUCGCCGAGCAGGGCUUUGUCACUCUAUCUCUUGACCAUCAGUUUUGGGGAGGAAGCUCGGGGGAGCCGCGCAAUGCUGUCUCGCCCGACUUGUAUGCUGAAGCAUUCAGCGCCGCGGUGGACUACCUUGGCACCCAGGAUCUGGUCUCGGUCGACCGCCAGCGCAUUGGUGCAGUGGGCGUCUGUGGCAGUGGGAGUUUCCUCAUUAGCGCAGCGAAGAUCGACCCGCGCAUUCGAGCCAUCGCGACGGCGAGCAUGUACGACAUGGGCUCUGUCAACCGAAAUGGUCUUCAGCACGCCCAGAAUCUCACCCAGCGCCAGGCGAUCAUUGCUGACGCCGCGCAACAUCGCUGGACCGAGCUGGAGGACCCGAGUCAGACCCACUACACUAGCGGUACCCCCAACGAGCUAACCACCGACACGUCACCUGUCGGACGGGAGUUUUAUGAUUUCUACCGGACCUCUCGUGGUGAAUUCACCCCUGCCGGUUCGACUCCGGAGCUCACCACUCACCCGACCUUGACGAGCAAUCUCAAGUUCAUGAACUUCUAUCCCUUCAAUGACAUCGAAUCUAUCUCCCCUCGUCCCUUGUUAUUCAUCUCCGGCGAUCAGGCUCACUCCCGCGAGUUUAGCGAGGAUGCUUAUGCCCGAGCUGCCCAACCGAAAGAACUUCUCUGGAUUCCGGGUGCCGGCCAUGUUGACCUUUACGAUCGCGUCGACCUCAUCCCCUUCACCAGGCUCACCCAGUUCUUCCAGACAAACCUUGCUAGCAACGACACUGUCGUGGCUCGUCGUGGCAUUAGCUCUGCCUAAUCGGUCUACACCUGUCUCGUGAGGUGCCCCGGUAUCAAUCACCGGUCGUUCGGGUUGUGACUUCCAGGGCUGCUGGUGAGGAUCAUGGGACAUAAGACAACAACCUUCCUACAAUUGAAGCAUUUCAGUAAGGUUUUCAACACCAAUAGCACUCCUACGCGAUGGCUGAUUCGGGAGGCAAGACUUCUGGCACUUGUUGUUACAUCCCUCAUUAGCUAUUGUGCAAAACCACCUGCAAGGCCUGCUCUUGAAGGCUGAUGACUGUGACAUACGCCCACAGCUUUGGCUCUUCGAUGGAUGUUUUUCAUGCAUUCCUUUCAUUGUCAGCGGUGCAACGGCCUGCCAACUCGCUUUGUCUUUUUCCUUCUCUUCCUUUUGGAAAAGCUUUCU